AUGAACUAAGAUCAUGUUAGUUAAUACACUUAGAGUCAGACUCCUCAUAAUCACGAACCCAACCCUUAGUUGUCAAGUAAUUAAUCAUUGCAUAUCAUGAACCCAGAACAAUUAUAACUAAUUUAAGAAAUUGAAGAAGAAUAAAUACAGCCUUAAAAACAGAGGUUACGAUUAAGUUUAGAUUCUGACCGAGAUAGAGAUAGGGAGAGUGUUGGGAAUCAAUGGAUUAAGUAGAGACCUGGCAGUUCUAGCCCAUCGGAUUAAAAAACUGUGAAAAAUAUAACAAAUAAAAGUGGAAGUCAAGCUUUAGUAAGCGGUAAUGGGCGUUCUAGUAAAACUCCGUAAGAUUUUUAGGAGGAAAUCAUCCCCUAAGUUAGAAGUAUUCUAAAAUAAGGGACAUUUAUAAGCCAUUCCUCUUUACCUAGAAGCAGGGGCUUAAGACUUAGUAGAUUAUAAAGCUUACAUAGUUUGCCACAAUCAAUUAAAAAAAAUAGAGUAUAUCCUGAGGAAAUAAGAGAUAACAUUGGUUCAAACCAGAAUGAUUCUUUUUCUGACGAUUCAUUCUUCGAAGAAACUGAACAGAACGAAUUAGGAGAUGAAACCAGAUAUCGUUUCGAUAAAAGAUAUGCAAAUCUAAAAUAUAUUAUAUUUCCUGAUGAUCCUACAAAAUUAUUUUGGGAUAUAUUAGUCGUUAUCGCACUAUUGUACAUCUGUAUCAUGGUUCCUUAUGAUAUCUCAUUUAAAGAUGAUAAUUAGGAGGAAACUCCAACUUAAUUUGGUUUAGGAUUGGCAAUAGAUCUUCUUUAUGGAAUAGAUAUUAUAAUCAAUUUUUUGAGUGCGUAUGUAGAUGAUUAAGACGAAUUGGUCGUUGAUAAAACUACUAUCAUUAAACAUUAUUUAAAAAGUUGGUUCCUUUUGGAUUUGGUUUGUGUUGUACCUUUAGAUUAUAUCCUUGAUAAUAAUGAAACUUCAGGAUAUUAGAAAUUUGCUAAACUCCCCAAGGCUUAUAAAAUGAUUAAAUUAGUGAAGAUGUCAAGAAUGCUAAAAUUUUGUGUAUAAAAGAAAAAGUUCGGGGAGCUGAUAACUUCAUUUUCAAAUAUUACUGUAACAAUUUUUGUUUUAAAAUAGUAAAAUAUUAGAGUGAUGAUAAUUUCAUUGUUUUCUGUGAUUCUAGUGAGUCAUCUGUUUUCUUGCUUUUGGUAUUUCAUAGGAACUGUUUCAUCUGAAUCAGAAACCUGGAUUACGCAUUAUGUAGAAGAUUAAACAAAUUUUGAAAGAUACAUCAUGAGUCUCUAUUGGGUAUUUCAAACCAUGGCAACCACUGGCUAUGGUGAUAUUUCAGCAACAAAUAGCACAGAGCAAAUGAUUACAAUUUUCAUAAUGAUAAUAGGUGUUGUGUUUUUUUCUGUCACUAUUGGUUCUGUGAGUUCUUUGCUUACUUAAUUGGAUACUUAGAACCUUAAAUACAAAGAAAAGAUUGACACUCUUAAUGAAAUAACAAAGAAUCAUAAAAUCGAUAAUGCUCUCUAUGCUAAGAUUUGCAAAGUCUUAAAACAAGGUUACAAAAAUAACUAAAACGAAGUUGUAGAAUUUCUUCAUUUGCUCCCUUAAAAUUUGAGAACCGAAUUAUCUUAAGCCAUGUAUAAGAAUGUAUUUCUGGGAAUCGAUCUUUUUAAAUAGAAGCCAUUAAGGUUCACUGCUUAUAUCGGACCCUUAUUAACCAUACUAAGAAUACCUGAAGGUGAUGUUAUCUAUAAUGAAGGAGAUUAUGCAAGUGAAAUUUACUUUAUUAGAGAAGGAGGCGUUUCUUUGUGUAUUAAAGAAUGCGAUUAUCACCCCUUCGUUACCAUAGAUGCAGGAUAAUAUUUUGGAGAAAUUGAAUUGAUUAAAGAAACCUAAAGGAAGUACACUGCUAUUGCAUAAAAGUAAUCUGAAUUGUUGGCAUUAUCAAAAUCACAUUUCUUUAAAAUAUUUUUUUCGGAAUUUAGAGAAAUAGGAGAAGAAUUGCAUGAAGAUGCUCGGAGGAAAAAGAGAGAUUAUGAAGACAAGUACACCAAAACAAAGGCAUAUCUAUAAGGGUUAGAAUAAAAGGCUGAACAAUAAAUUAUUGAAGCCAAUAAUUAGCCAAAACAAAAAUAAGGUUUAGAGUAAUUCAAAAAAAAUUUAAUUUUUCAAGCUUAAACUAAAAAAGGAUUCCUAGAUAAGGCAAUUAAAGAUGCGGAGCAAUUGGCAUCGUGUGAAUUAAAGAGGAAAAUGACCAAAUUAAAGACUGUCCUACUCUAAAAGGGAAUUAUUAACAAAUUUGAUGAAAAUAGUCCUACAAAAAUAUCUCCAAAAAUGAUGAAACGUAAUACUCUUAAUAGUGAAUAUUAACCAAGGAAAAUAGAUAAAAGAAACACAUUUUUACCUAUGGAAAUUCUCUAAUAAGCAUAAUAGUUAAGUUCAGAAGAUGAUAAUAAACAAUCAUAAAAUAAUUAAUAAGAAUAAAAUGCUUUUAGAUUCCCAAAAAAGGCUAUGACAGCAUUUAUAUCAGUCGAUCAAAAUUAACAAUAGGAGGAAUUUAUAACAUCUCAAGAUGGUAUGAAUAAUUCUUAGCAUCCCUCAUCAUAUAACACGAACAUUUAGUUUUUAAAAAAAAGAAAAAAGCAAUUAUAUCUUUGA